GCAUCACCUGCUCCUAGCUUUCCUCCGCUGGUGUCGAGGCUAGCUGAGGGAGAGAAACCGUGGGAGAAGGGUAGAAAGCGUGGGGUAAAAGCAUUUAUUAAACUCGGUUAACACCUGGCAGCGGCGAAGAAAGAGACUGAACAGGCGUAAUCUCCAUCUCUCCCUUGGCUCUCACCACCUCCCAGCUACCAUAUCUUUAAGUCACCGUGUGCCUCCAUACCUGAUUAGUUCACAUUUUAUCUUCAACCAAGCAGAAACACCAGCAAAGAAGCUUUCAGCAAAAUCAGACAGCAACCAAAGUCAGUAUUUCAUUCUGUUUGCACCUCAGAUCAUUUCUAAUUAGUUUAAAAUCUAAAGUUGUUUUUCAGUGUUAGUCAGUUAUUUUGCCAGGCCAUUCUCUAAAAUCACCAUUAUGGCCUCUGUAACCCACUCCUCUGAACCGGAGAUCCCAGACAACCACAAAGAGAGCUGGUUGGCUCUACUCUCCGCUGCGGAAGCCUAUUGCCAAAAGUCCGGCUGCGACCUGGCCAUCCUCACGGCCUGCAAGAAGUUCCGGUUGACAGCCAGUGAAAGUGAAGCCGGGAAGAAGCGGGAAAGCGGCGCCGGCUUUCCGAAGGAAUGCGAGUUCUCCUACAGCGUGUGGGGUCAGGGCUUCCUGGCUGAGUCGGCGCGCCGCUACGUGGACGACAUCGGCGUGCUGCACGCCACGUCCAUGCUGACGGCCCAGAAGCACACGCGGCAAAGCGCAGGAGAGCAAGGAAGCAAGCUGCUGGUUGAUUUGACCUCUGACACCGGAUACAGAGGGAGCUUCACAGGCGAUGGCGUAGUGGGCGGAGUCAGCCCCAACAACAGACUGUAUUCCCAGAGCUACCCGUCCAUCUACAGUCCGGACGCCACCAGCCAACAGGGCGUCGGGCAGAACGGCAACCGGGAGCGCAGCGCCUCAGAGGUGGAGCGAGGGAGACAGAGAGCCGGGAUCGUAGACCUGGAGGAGGAAGGAGAAGAGGCGGAGGAAGAGGAGGAAGACAUGGACGAGAGACGACCAUAUGGGAAUGAAAGUGCAGGCGUUUUCUCCAUGGACGAGGACUCUCUUUCUCGUGACUGUGAGCCGUUCUUUGAGUCCGACGGCGAGGAGGAAAGCACCGACGGAUCGCUGAGCGAGGACGCCCCGCCGCCGCCGCGCGGCCUGGCCGUGGGGCAGCACGCCUUCUCGUCGCGCCACGCCCACCCCACGGCGCUGGCGCGCUCGCUGCCCGUGUCCGUCCCCGUGUGGGGCUGCAAGAGCAGCAGAGCCGCGCAGGGAGACAGCGGCAGCGGCGAGCGGGCGGGCUGCGCCGACCUGGAGCACAUCGCCGCCAGCAUGAAGGCCCUGCUGGUCCCCGGCGCCACCGACGGGACGGAGAUGUUCGGCGCUCUGCCGCGGCCGCGCCUCAACACGGGCGACUUCUCGCUCAAACACUGAGACGGCGAGCGGAAAGAAACGUGGCGGAGAGGAGAAAAAGAAAAGCCUGGAAUGUGUGAAUCAGUGUCAAAGCUCGAGUCUGUUUAUCGUUUCACGCACUAAAAAAAAAAAAUUUAACUGCUUUACAGGGUUGUGAAGAAAUGUUACGAACACUAAUAACAUGUUUAACACUAUCUCUAUUUCUCCCCAACGACGUCUCCCGUUCAGUUCAGUCAGUAAGAUAAAAUCCACUUAUUUUAGAAAACAAAGCCAACAGUUUGUUUUAUUUUUAGCAUUUACCGCCCAGCCCGACUCAGGAUUAUUCACAUCAGGGUCUCUGACUCCCAGAUUUGCUCUGAAAUAAUCCAAAGUGAUUCUUCUAUUAGAUUUACCUCAAACGAAUCAGUUAGUGAAGAUCAGGUGAAUUUUACCUCCAACACUAAAACUUCACUUGUUCAAUUAGAAGUUGCUGCUUUUGCUUUCAUAUACGUACUAACUUUUAACACAAUAGUUUCUGCUCAGCUUUAGCUAUGAUGGGUUUCUGAACACUAAGCGAGUAUUUUGGUGGUUUUUGUCAGUAUUUUUCAACCCAGGUUGAUUCAAAUGGUCUAAAAGAAAAAGUGGAAAAGCUGCUUCUGAUUCUGGAGAAACUUAAAUUUUAGAUCAGUUUUCUAAUGUCGGUACAAUUAAGGUGCAAUCUGGAAUGUUUUGCAAGAUUUUGAUGAAGAAGAAUGCAGCCAAGCGUGCAGUUUUAAGAUUUGCUGCUUAACAAACCGAAAAUAAAAUCAGGUCUGUUCGAACAUUUCUCUCACAAUGAUCUCAAACUCCAGGUUUAUGCAACCCAUAAACUUUGAUUUCACCUCAAAUUGAAGUUUUACUCCUAAUUUCAAUGUGUCUGCUUUGAAGAAAUGGGAACUUUACUUUGUAGUAAUUUGAAAAAAGUUUGGUUAAUUUUUGACAAAUACGGAGACGAACUGGUUCACCGUCAUCUGUUCAUGUAACAGAGUAAAAAAACAGAUUUUAACACGAAGCUUGUUGCUUUUGUUGUAAAUGUGAGCAGAGGACACCAGCACCUUCUCAUUACAUGCCUAUUUUUUUAUUUCACCAAUGAAUGACUGAUUGAUGGGAUGAUUGUAAAUCGACUUCAUGUUCCAGGGGGAUGUUAAUGAUUUUCUUUUUCCCCAUUUGCUCUGGAUGUGUUGUUAAAAUGCCUGAAUGGAAGAGAAACUGACUUUGUUUGCGAGAGAAAGAAAGAGAGAUGUGCUAAAAAGUUAGCAUCUCAGAUAUUUCAAACAUAAAUGUUCCGUUAAAUCCUUUUAUGUUUCAAAUAAAGGAGCAACACCAAGAACAAA